CAAAUUUUCCAAAUCUUCUUCCGGUUUUUUUACAUGGUAUCAGAGCAGUGAUUCGGGACCGACCGAACACUCGCGGACGUCGACAAAAUGGCCGGAGAAACCAUGCCGGGAAGUGGUGAUGGUCACCGGGAACAGGUGGAACGGCGGAAAAUAAAUGAUCCGUCGUCACCAUAUUUUUUAUCCAGUUCUGAUCAUCCCGGUAUGAUGAUAUGCACGGUCAUUCUCAAAGGGGAGAAUAAUUAUCGCGAGUGGGCUACGGCCAUGAAGAACGCCUUCCGCGCUAAGCGGAAGAUGGGUUUUCUUGACGGAACUAUCGAACGACCCGUGACAAUUCCGAAGGAUUUGGAAGACUGGCUGACCGUCAAUUCCAUGGCGGUCGGUUGGAUAAUGACUUCGGUGGAUCCAUUGUUAAGAAGCAAUCUUGCUUAUAUGGAGAGUGCGCAUGACCUCUGGACCGAUCUUGACGCUCGUUUCUCUGUGGGAGAUGCUAUGCGAACCUAUGAAUUGAAAGAACUCAUUCGGAGUUGCAAGCAACAUGGACAGCCAAUUACGAUAUACUUCGGCCAGCUUCAAACUCUAUGGGAGGAGUAUGACGGGAUACGAAACUUUCCUCAAUGUAAGUGCAACGGGUGCACUUGUGACCUCAAGAAGUUAUUCAUCAAGCACGUUGAAUCCGAAAAAAUACAUGACUUUCUAAUGGGUCUUGAUAGUGAAACUUACGGCAACUUGCGUUCUAAUGUGCUUGGGACGGACAACCUGCCUUCUUUGACCAAAGUAUAUCACAUGGUGAUUCAGGAGGAACGUCAUCAAAACCUGAUGCGUGGACGGGAGGACAAGGGCGAGGCAGUGGUUUUUGCUGCGCGCACUGGACCUGCCGGACCUGGAGCUGGAAAAGAAGAACGAGGCAAGUGUAGUUAUUGCCACAAGCCCGGACAUGAAAUUGAAAACUGUUUCCGUCGAACCGGGAUUUACCCGGACUGGUGGCAUGAAAAUCCUGGCCGAGCUCGUGGAGGCAGAACACGUGGAGGACCGAGUCGUGGAGGAAGCUCGGGACGUGGGGGAACUGGACGAGGGACUGGCCGGGGUGGAGCUCAAGCUAUGCAUGUCGGAGAUAUUCAGCCCGAUAGUUCUCCAACUCAGCGAACAGAGGCAGUGCACAAACCGGGAUUUACCGAAGCACAAUGGCAGACCUUCCUUAAAAUGAUGGAGAACUGUAAGAUUCCUGCUUUGGAGGAUAAAAUCUCAGGACCUACCUACGAGGAUGCCGAUUGGAGUGGGUGAACGACGCGGGGGAGUUUAUUAUUUCCGGGGUCUGGACGGAGCACGAGCUAAUGCAGUGAGCAGUUUGGAUUCGGGAGAUUUUUGGCACUCAAGGUUGGGACACCCGUCAAUAAAAGUAUUACGUUUAUCUGGUUGUUUAAAUAAAAGUUUGUUGAAUUCCGUACAAAAUAAAACGUGUGAUGCAUGUAUGAGAGGCAAACACACGCGUGAAAGUUUUGUUGCGAGUAGUGCUAGAGCUGUUGAAUCAUUUGAGUUAAUUCACUGUGACAUUUGGG